AUGGACGACGUGGUUGCAGCUGCUGCUACUGUAAUUGUUCUAUCUUGUAGUCAAUUAUUAAUUGCGAAAAAACAGAAAAAAAGACGUGAAAGAAGGUGGUGGAUGACGUCGUUAAACAGAAGUAGAGAACGAUAUAAUGCCUCAGAUAUGCUGUUGGCUCUACGGGCAGAACCAUCGGGGAAAUUCCAAAACUUCUGUCGAAUGUCGUCAGAAGAUUUUGAAUUUAUUCUUACUAAAAUUGGGCCGAAAAUCAGCAAACAAGACACUAACAUGCGGAAGGCAAUACCAAUCCAAGAGCGUUUGGCAGUCACUCUCCGAUUUCUGGCUACAGGUGAUAGCUUUGUAAGCUUGGAAUACCUAUUUAGGAUAUCACAUCAAUCAAUAAGCCGCAUCGUACCGGAAGUUUGCCUAGCUAUUAUUGAUGCACUAAAAGAUCAAAUAAAACUGCCAAAAUCACAGGAAGAUUGGAAAACAAUAGCAAAUGGGUUUCAACGUGAUUGGAAUUUUCCACAUUGUGUAGGAGCAGUUGAUGGAAAACAUGUACUAUUGCAAGCUCCAUUUAACAGUGAAUCUGAGUUCUUCAACUACAAGAAGUCAUUCAGCAUUAUACUCAUGGCAUUUGUUAACUCAGAAUAUUGUUUUACAUUUGUUGAUGUUGGUGCUCAAGGAAGAAUGAACGAUGCGGGUGUGUAUGCUACCACGAGUGUUUAUCGCAAAAUAAUUCGUAAUGAACUUCUCCUUCCACCACCUGAGCCCUUAUUAGGACGACUGAAGAAGGUUCCAUAUGUUUUUAUAGGCGACGAUGCAUUUCCCAUGAGUAAUACUCUUCUAAAACCUUACGGAGGAAAUCAUCAAAAAGGUAGUUUAGAACGAAUUUUCAAUUAUCGUUUGUGUCGUGCACGUAGAGUUGUGGAAAACGUUUUUGGUAUUUAUGCAUCAGUUUUUCGAGUGUUCAGAUCACCUAUGUUACUACAACCAGAUAAAGCUGCUUUAAUAUGCAUGACAUGCUGUUUACUUCAUAAUUUUCUACGGAGAAGCGCAACAUCAAGAAAAAUCUAUGCCCCAACUGGUACUUUUGAUUAUGAAGAGGAUGGAGAAUUGAUUCACGGAACAUGGCGCAACGAUAUACAAGGGAUGACAUCUUUCAAUCCACUGGUAAAAAAACCUAGGAAACCCUCCGAGAAAGCAAAGGACAUUCGGCGAGAGUUUACAGAAUACUGUAUGACAAGUGGAGCAGUAGAAUGGCAGAAUUAUAUUGAUUAG